UCCCUUCAAUUCCUUAACCAUCAUCAUCUAUGUCACUUCUUCACUGACUGUACAUCUGAAUCUGUUACAGAUUUUCACCACUUUCACUAUAACGAACACUACAAAAUACUAACUGUGACAGAGAACAAAUACCUCCUAAUUUGUUUCAAAAGUUGUUUCUUGUGUAUAUAUUUAUUUAUUUGGUAAUGGAAAUGGAAGAUUUUGAUUGGAGUUAUGAUAUACUUGGAGAUGGUUUUCAAGUAAACAAUGAAGUAUUUGGAAGUGGGUAUGGUUCAUCUUUCUCUUUGGUUUUGGAUAGGGAGAGAGAUGAGCUUGUGGAAGCACCUGCUAAAAUGGAGAAAAAGGGUGUGUCUAAUGAGAGAAGCAUUGAAGCUUUGAAGAACCAUAGUGAAGCAGAGAGAAGGAGACGAGCUAGGAUUAAUGCACAUCUUGAUACACUUCGCAGUGUGAUUCCAGGUGCUUUGAAGAUGGACAAAGCAUCAUUACUUGGUGAGGUAAUUCUACAUUUGAAAGAGCUAAAAAGGAAUGCAGCACAAGCAUGUGAAGGUUUAAUAAUACCAAAGGACAAUGAUGAAAUAAGUGUUGAAGAACAAGAAGGUGGAAUAUAUGGUUUUCCUUUUUCAAUUAGAGCAUCACUAUGUUGUGAAUAUCAACCAGGGUUAUUGUCUAAUAUAAGACAGGCACUAGAAUCUCUUCAUCUCAUGAUCAUGAAGGCAGAUAUUGCAACUUUUGGAGGAAGGAUGAAGAAUGUCUUUGUGGUAAUUAGUUGUGAGGAACAGAACUUGGAUGUUGCUGAAUACAGACAGUUUCUUGCUGGAUCUGUUCAUCAAGCUCUUAAGUCUGUACUCAAUAGAUUUUCUGUUUCACAAGACAUGUUAGGAGCUAGAAAAAGGAGGAGGAUUUCUAUAUUUAGUUCUUCAUCUUUAGAAGAUUUCUUAUAAGCUUAAUUCUCAAGUAAUUUAAAUCUCUAUAUAUCACUACCAUGUUUAAAUGUGAUGAGAAAGUAGAGAGAGUGUAUUAGUAAUUUCUUGUACCAUGUAUACAUGUUCUAAAGGUUGUUCUUCCAAUCUCUCAAAUUUGGUUAUGUAACCUUUUUUUUAAGAUGAAUCACGUGAAAACAUAAGGGGCAUUUUAUCCGGGUAGUACAAAUAUUUAGGUGGUUUGACUUUGACAAAUUGGUUUAUAGACAAAAUGGAAUUUCUAUGAUUUAGUACUGGUUUA